UCGACCAUAUAUUUUUGUGAAAAUUGUGAUUGUGUUGUUUUUGUACAAAAAAUGAUUACCAUUAUUAAAAUAAAUGAUAACAAAAUAAACGAAAUCUUGUAGUUGUUUCAAACAUAAAACCUUUUACAACUUUUACUACAUAGCAUAAGGUUUUCGUAUACUGUGGCGUAUUACUGAAUUCGUUAAAACUUAGAAUUAGAAACAAUUAUUUUUUUAUACUGCUAUUUUUAGUUAAUUGUUACAAACAUUUUACGUUUAUUAUGAUAUUAACUUAUACAUGGGACACACAAAGGAUUAAAAACUGAACGAUAUUAUGUAUACAUUUGUGUGGGGUAAUAACCACCUGGGCCUCAGGAAUUUAUGGAAAGUAUGUUUAGCACGACUGGUAUGGUAGCAGCACCGCAGCAAGCGACGGGCCAAGUCGCAUCAAACGGUAGCACCACCCUUCCUAGGUCACAUCAUCAGAGACCAGGCCGUCCACCUGCAGCUCCUAAAUCUUAUGACUACUUGUUAAAAGUUUUACUUGUGGGGGAUUCUGAUGUUGGGAAACAAGAGAUUCUGCAGGAUUUAGAGGAUGGUUCUGCUGAUUCACCUUUUUGCAGUGGCAGUGCAUACAAAACAACAACAAUCCUCUUAGAUGGCAAAAGAGUGAAACUACAACUCUGGGAUACUUCAGGACAAGGCAGAUUUUGUACAAUCAUUCGUUCAUAUUCAAGAGGUGCUCAGGGAAUUCUACUUGUAUAUGACAUAACAAAUAAAUGGUCCUUUGACAGUAUUGACAGGUGGCUUGAAGAAGUUGAAAAGCACGCCCCAGGAGUACCAAAGGUGCUAGUGGGUAAUCGGUUGCACUUAGCAUUUAAACGACAAGUACAAGAACGCGACGCUGAAAUGUAUGCAGCUAAAAAUCACAUGGCCUUUUUCGAAGUGAGUCCGCUCUGUGACUUCAAUAUAAGGGAAAGUUUUUGUGAGCUCUCGCGGAUGGCUCUACAUCGUAAUGGCAUGGAGCGAUUGUGGAGGAGCAAUAAAGUCCUCAGUCUCCAAGAGCUAUGUUGCCGUGCGAUCGUAGCACGAACAUCCGUAUAUGGACUCGAAAGACUUCCCUUACCGAGCACGCUCAAGUCUCAUCUCAAGUCGUAUGCGAUAUCAGCCGCUCCUUCGAGACAUCGUGCUAGGCCCUCGAAACACUCGCAUCAUACACGACUCAACUGUACUGGGAGAAAUUCUUGCAGUAUCACAUAAUGGUUAGUUAAUAAAAUGGCGUCAUUAUUUAACAAAUUAUUAGACUUUCUGGUAGUUUUCAAAUUUGUUCAAGUUUCCGUCAUUCCUAAUUUUGUUAUAGAAAUGCAUGACAUCAAUGAUGUAUUAAAAACUUUUCAUAACGUUCUCGAAGUUUUUAAUAAGAACAGAUUAAAUAUGAGAUUGACCAUAUUUGUAUAAAGAAUUUGAACUUUUUAUUCCACUAAUUUGUCUAAUGUACAAUAUGUAAGCGUUUGCGUCGAAAUGUAUAUGAAUAUUGUAUCCCCAUUUUGUAACACCCUGCUUCUCAAUCCUAAUAUAUGUUGUAAUUGCAACGUGUAAUUUUUUGUUGUUUUAGGACACGUGCGUAUUAAUUGUAUUAAAAUAUUUUAUAGACUGAAUUUGUAUUCCAUCAAUUAUCUUAGAAUUUCUUAUUUCUUGUGACAAUGACAUUUGCAUUACGAUCACUAUUUUUCAGUAGUUGCAACCACAAUUUUUGUCUAUGAAUUUUGAUGUUAGGUAUACUUCAAAGUUAGACAUAGAUUAUGUUCUUUGUAUUUUUUUUGCAAUGUAUAUCAUUGGCGAAUACUAGCGAAAUAUGCGAGAUUCGAAUUGACAAAAUACUGGCUGUAAUUGACAACGGAUUUGUGACUAUUGUAAGCUAUUUAGGGUACUUAACUUGUGAAUAUGUGUUAUUUAUUAGUAUUAUGUGAAUAUUUUGUAGCACGGCAUUUCGCCCUCUGUCCAUAUUAUUCAAACUUGUGUAUUGUCAUGUGCCUAGUGGUAAGGUUAGACUAUGGUGCAAUUUUUACAAAACUUCAUAGCUUCAUUGAUUCAGCCGUGGUGCAUAUUUUUGAGCCCAUAAAAUAAUAACAAAGUCCAUUAUUGUAAGCAAAAAAACACCAAUUCUCUUUAAGUCAUGUAGGGUUAGUAUAAAUUUUAGCGAAUUGUCGAAAAUGGAACUCUUAUAUCGAAUAAUUGUGACUCUUCAUUUCGCUUCCUUGAUAUACGAAACAAUUGACGCUGCCAUUUAAAAUGUCAAACAAAAAAAACAAGGUUUAUAUUUUUUUACGGAUUAUGUUAUAUCAUUUUCGACAAGUCGUUGAAUAAUUUACUAACCUCGUGGAUAAAACUGCACAUUCAAUUUUAAAUUCAUGGGGUUCAAUUAUUUUUUACGCCGUGUGUAUCUUUAAUACUGCGCAAAACUAAUAAAUUUUGUUAAAUCCGUCCCUAGGUAACGAUUUCUUAACUAUCUUUAAUAAGUUAAGAAAUAUUCUUUCGAAAACAAUGUUGAAUGAACGCUAAUUUCUGAAACUGUACCCAUUGCAUGUUUAAUAAUUACCCUUUAAUCUAUAGGAUAAGUUUCAUGAAGUACAUGUAUUUAUUAAUCCUAAUUCCUAAGUCAUAAUUUUAAUCAAUUUGUAUUCAUCAAAUUUUGUAGGUGCGAAAAUUACUCAAACCAAAAAUAUUUUCAUGUUAUUUUUUUGUAAAUAGUUCCUUCAAAAUUAUUUUGAUUUGUUUAUUUAUAUACCCUUUAAAAAUUAAUAAGUUAUCUUUUGUACAUAGUAUGGUUUCAUUUGAACUAUUUGUGAUAAUUUUAAUAUAAUCCAAAUAUACUUAAACCAGCUAAAAGUUCGGUGAAUACAGUCAUAACGUUAUCACUUCUAUUGUAAGUUGUGAAAUAAAACUAAUUUAAUAAAUA